AUGCGGAGCCCCCCCAGCUUGGCGCUCGCCUGCCUGGCCCUGGCCGCGCUGCUCAGCCCGCCCGCCGAGGCGUGGUACAAGCAAGCGGCCGGCCCCAGCUACUACUCGGUGGGCAGGGCCUCGGGCUUGCUCUCCGGCAUCCGCCGCUCGCCCUACAUGCGCCGCUCCGACGACCUCAGCGCCGCCGACAGCAGCGCCGAGGACGCGCCCGCCGCAGCCGCCUCCUUCCUGCUGGCCGAGCCGCGCCAGAGCCCCAGCGGGCUGCGGAGCAUGGCGGUGUGCGUGAAGGAAGUGGCCCCGGAGCUGCAGAGCUGCCAGCUGCUGCCCGGCCUGCCCAGCAUCAUCCAGUGCAAGGCCGACGUCACCGUCUCGCUGGACCCCACGGACUGCAGCGCCCCGUGAUGGGAAGGGCUGCCCAGGUCGGGACGCCUGAAGCAGGCGGAGAAAGGGAGGCAGGCCGGCCGGCCGAUGGGAGGCAUUUUCUCACGGGCAGGAUGAGGGACACUUUUCAC